UCUCUCUAUCUCUCUCCCACGUUCUCUCCCUUUUCUCUCUCCGUGUUCAUUUUUUUUUUCGUACGUUUUUUCCAUCGAACAGCAAAAAGGCGCUGUCUUUCUCUCUCUACCUCUCUCUCUCUCUCUCUCUCUCUCUCUCUCUAUCCAGUCAGUCUUUCCUAUAGUUGAGCUGUAAAAAGAUAAACCCGAGAUCCGUCGGUUCAAUCAAUACACCCCGUUGAUCUAUGAAAUUUCCCUUCGCCGAUCAGUGAAUAGUGAAGGAAAGAGGCGUGGGGGAUUUGAUUGUAUUGGUAGCGAAAUGGGGAGUCGGGUGAAGGAGGAUGAGAAGAACGAGAGGAUUAUAAGGAAUCUUCUCAAGAUUCCUGAGAAUCGGAGGUGUAUUAACUGCAAUAGCUUGGGGCCUCAAUAUGUUUGCACUAAUUUCUCAUCCUUUGUCUGUACGACCUGCAGUGGGAUACAUCGGGAGUUCACUCAUAGAGUUAAGUCGGUAUCUAUGGCUAAAUUUACUACACAAGAAGUUAGUGCCCUUCAGGGAGGAGGGAAUGCGAGUGCUAGAGAAAUUUAUCUAAAGGAAUGGGAUUCUCAGCGUAAUUCUGCCCCCGAUGGAAGCAAUGUAGAGAGACUUCGUGAUUUCAUCAAGCAUGUAUAUGUGGAUAAAAGAUAUACUGGUGAGAGGAACUUGGAAAAGCCUCUGAAGGAAAGGAUGGGAGAAACCGAGGAUUUCAGAGGAAAUAGGAGGGCAGAUACCUAUCAGGGUGGUUCAAGAAGUCCACCUUACGACGAUUCUUUUGAGCGGCGGCAGAAUGAUAGGGCUAGUCCUGGAGGAAGAAGUCCACCAUAUGAUCAAGACAAUCGGAAAAAUAGUGAUUAUAAAAAAAGUCCUGCCCGUGCUGAAGUAGUUAAUGACUGGCGGCGAGAGGAUAGGUUUGGAAAUGGGAGGAGGUCUGGAGAUAGGGGUUCUGAUGGAGGCUCUAAGUUUGAAAUUGGAUCCCCUGAUAGUCAAAAAGAUUCAGACAUGUCCAGCCCUCCUAUUGUCCGCCCUGUUAGAGAUAUAUUAGGAGACAAUGUAUCUCCUCUUCGAGUUAUUGAGCCUCCUCCUAGAGCCACUAGUGGCAAGUCAAAUGAUGGUUGGGCUACACAGAGAACUGCAUCUUCCAGUAGUUUGGCAUCCUCUGAAGCGACGAACCCAUCGGAGGUCAAAGUGGAGGCUUCAUUUAUUGAUUUUGAUUCUGUUCCGGAACCUCCAACUGUACCACCACCUCAACAAGUGGCUACAGAUGCUUCAGUGCAUUUGACCACAUCCAAUAGUAAUGACUGGGCAAAUUUUGAUGCAGUUCCCGAUGUGAAAACAUAUAAUGCACCAUCGAAUUCUUUGGAAUCGUUAUUUUCGGGGUUGUCAAUUCCAACACCCACAUCCUCUGGAAGUACUGCUCUACCGGCUGUGCUUCCUCCUGUUAGUGCUUCUGCUGCAUCACACUUAGACAAUAUAGGAGGGAAUGUGCUUACACAUGCUCCAACUGGAGGACAAUGGCCUAACAUUGUAGCUGAACAACACCCUGUGUUCCCCGGAGGUAUUGGCCAGCCUGUUCCUCAGCCAGCUGCUCCUGUUAUUGGAGGAUUUUCGGGCAACCAGCAAUGGAAUUCACUUCCGCCCCACAAUGCCCACGGGCCUCCUGGUGCAUCUAUUGCACCAAUGCUUCCAACAGAAAUAAAGCCUGCCAUGGGAACCUCGUACGGAUCUACAACAGAAUCUUCAUUGGAUGCAAAAUCUGGUGGAAGACAAGCACUGCCUGAGGAUUUAUUUGCACCGAAUUACUCUUAUACUCCAUCUCAAGCUCCAGGCUGGUAUUCUGGUUCCCCAUACGGUGCUGGGGUCCCUGUGCAGUAUAACAAUCCAAUGGGAUCUUGGGCUGCACCUAAUUACCCUCCGGCGUCUAGAUCGACAAAUCCUUUUGAUGUUGGCAAUGAUCCUUCUCCUCUUCAAACAUCUACAUUUCCAUCAGUGGCACCUAUGCAAGAGCCGUUGCCCAGAACUGCAAAUCCAUCCGGGCUACUACGUACCGCAAGCCUUGGAACCCCGCAACCCCAUCCUCCAUCAAUGUUUGGUCAAGCGCCAGCAUAUGCAUCAACAGUCCCUCCAGGUUCAUUCGCUGGACAAGAAAUACCUGGCAGCAUGCCUCCAAGGCAACAAGGGCUAUCUGGGUUCGGCUUCGAUGAGUCUGCUUUUGCAUCUAUGAACCCAAAUCCCCAUCUCGGUGGAUUACAUCACGCUCAUUCUGCAAGUAACUUCACUUCUGCUAGUGGAAACCCAUUUGGCUAAAGACGAAAAAAGAAAUGGUUUAGUACAAUCUUGAUUUUGUUGCUUCCGUUCAACUCACUGUGUAGAUGACAUUAGUUGUACAAUUCUGCCGAAAGAGAAGUCUGCUGCAUUUUAGACUUGGAGAAAUCGAUUCAUUUUUCCUUGGUGUAAUUCAAAAAAGAAGCUGUAUUAUCGGAAUCCUCUGUAGUUGAUUGAGGUUGUAUACGAGCCCGAGUGUGAAAGCUUGCUAAUGUAGCGUGUUUUAUUGGUGUACUAUAAGUGCAAAAAAUAAUUAUAGUUUGGUAUUUGUUGUGAGAUUUCUGUAGAGUCUUAAGAGAAACAGAUGAGCUGUUUGUAGAGUAGAUUUUUUAAAAGUAUUAUUUUGUCUGAAUUAUAAAUAUUUUUUGCUAUUCUUUGUUUGAAUAAAACUGCAUAUUGUGGUGGUUUUGUGUACUAUA